AUUGCGCUCUAACUGCGGUAUAUAGAAUGGAUUAAUAUCCAUAAUCAAUAAUUCGCCACUCGCGACUUAAUCAUCAUUUUUUGAGAAUGGAUUAUCGGGGGUUUAAUGAGCUUUAGUCCUCUGCAUGUUUGUCUUAAUAAGGGUUUAAUAUUUUUUCUCUGAUAUUGCCCUCUUGGCUGUGUGAGGCGAAAGCUAGCGAGAUCUUGAGAUAUCCCGGACAUGGCAAGCGUUUUUCUGUGUGCGGAGUGCUUUCAUUUCAUUUCUCUAGAUAGGAAAUAUUUAUCGAAUGCAUUUAUCAGACGGAUAAACAUUUGUUGACAUAACAGGUUACCUUUAGAAUUCUUUUUUAAAGAAAACAUCUAUAAUGACGACCAGUGUUAUAAAAUCACGGAUCACCGCCACUUUAACGGGGCAACCUGGGGAUCCACAAACGUCCCGAGUCUACAAGAGAAAUCAGGUUGUAUAUCCACAAUGGAUGCGCACUUUAGAGGAGAAAUAUAAACGGCUCCACAUGAAAAUCAGGAAAUCUACGUCCUCUAUGACGUACAUGUACAACUCUAGUCUAGGACGAAACAUUACAGAGCAGAAGACAGCUCGACAAGGAGUUUUCAGCAGCCGAAACGAGGCUCCCACUAAACCUUUGUCAGACUCACAACAAAUUACAGUUCUUCAAAAUACAUCAAACACUCAGGUUAAAAGUACUCCGUGUUCAUCGGCGACGAAAAUUAGGAUUGCUGCCACGGAGAUUUCGGACGGCCCCGAAAUUGUGAAGGAAGUGUGUGAUAACGUUAUUAUUAACGAGAAUACGUGCUCUUGUGAAAGGGAAUGGGAGACCAAAUCUUUGGAUUCUAACGGCAAUAUUAAUAAUGCAUGUGUUCGUGAAUGUGACUGUCAAAGCCAAAGGGAUCUAGAAGUCCCUUGUGAUAAUACUGCGGGAUCUACAGAUAACAAUAUGAACAAAAGACACAUCGAAAAGGCAGGUUUAAAAACUAAAUGUAAAAAGGUCAAUAUAGCACCUAUUGAGCAGGUUGGAAAUAAAACAUCGAUUGAGACUUCUGAUUGUAAUAACGUUAUCGGUGUUGAAUCUAGUUCCCCUUUCAUUACGCAUAUCGGUCCCCGAAAGAACUCUCCUCGAACUAAGACCUCCGUUAGCAGAAGAAGCACCGUCACACAGAAGACGUCCAAGUCCUGUCCGCCAGCGAUGGAGCUCGAUAUCGCGACGUUCAAUCACGUUAGUCAUAAAGCAGUGCCAACGCUACGUGCAAAAAGUGCUUAUUCGGGAAAACCUCUAACUUUUAGAUCCUCCAAAUUAUUUUCAAGGAUGUCACAGGAGGCUCAGCACGCUAUGAAUGAGACUAUGAAAGACCGCGAGGGGUUAAAAACGCCAAAUAAUGACGUCAAAACUCAGCAAUGGAUUGAUGAGAACUUUACACAUCAAGAUAUCAUUCUGACCCGGGUACAGGAAAACGUUCCUAUCAAACAGUAUCACAAUCCGGAAAACAAAGGGCGGGGCUACUACUUAGACGAGGAUGUCUAUGAAACGAAUUUCAAUAUGGACGAUAUACUUCCUGAUGAUUCUUGUACAGAUUCAGAAAUGUCUGUCACCACUAGGAGGCGCCCCAUCACUGCAGCGACCAAUAAAACUCGACUUCCGUCUAUCCCAUCAGACUCUACAGCUGACUUUUGCACACUUGGGCAGCUGAAUCAUUACAACCUCCGGUUGCCAGGUAUCGGACGAUACGAGAUCGCGACGUUACGAGAAAAGACAUUUGAGAUUACUCCGCCUGGGUAUGAUAUAAGAUAUAAUGAUAUAGCGGUGUUCGAAGAUGGAGAAAGAGUGAGCGAACUUCCGUCAGAUGACAUCCGCGAGAGGGCAGUGCAAAAAUGUCAAGACUGGUUAUCAAGGCACAGUCCCCGAAAGGAAUUGUCUUAAUGGCCAUUUGUGACGUCAUAAAGUUGUGUUCCUAAAUUAUCUUACUGGUUCAAGUCUUCAAAAUAGCUAUUCUAAUAGAUAUUAUGAGAUGGCUCCAUUAAAGCAAAUUUUAAAAACCCCAUUAUGUUACAAGUGACAACAUAAAGGGAAAAACUUACAGAGUCAUUUGUGGAAGUGCUUUAGUGCUACUUUACGUCAUAGCUAUUUAUAACCCAGUGAUUUGCAUUUCUUAAGACAGGGUAUUGAUUAUUGAAUUCGUUCAUUAUUUUUAAAGCUAUAUUUAUAUAUAUUUAUACAUCAGUUAACAGUAUUACUGUCAGAGUAUGUGCUUUUGUUCGUUUAUUUGUUAACACUUCCUUUACUCUUAAUAAGUGUUUGGUUGUAUAUUAAGUAUUGGUUGUUUAAAGAAUUCUGUUUAUUUUCUGAAGUGAUUAUACAUGCAAUUACAUGUAUGUUGCAUUUAAUGCCAAUGCAAUGACUUAAGAUUAGGAAUACAGUCUUAGUGGAAUAGGAAACAUUUAGAGUUUAAACAAUAUUUUUAUUUUUUACAAAGUUAUAUUUAUAAAUAUUCAAUGUUUAUGUAUUAAAAAUGGGAAGGGUGUUGGGAAAAGGGUGCAUUUAUAAACUAAUAAGGUCAAUUAAUACAUAUCAUUUAUAGUAUUUAUUUUAUUAUGAAUUCGUUCUUUACCUCUUAUGUUCUGUAAGCAUUGUUAUUUCUUUUUUUAUAAUUCAAAAGUCAUAUCAUGACUUUAAAAAACCACCAAAUAUAUUUAUAUAGAAAGAGAAAA